ACAGCAGCAUCGUUGCUACUAGCAACACUGCGUCUAUCUUGUUCGGAAAUGUAGACAUUCGUGUCUAAUAAUCGCCUUAUGGAUGGUAUUUAGUUUGGUUAGUAUGAAAAGACCAUAAUUAGCUUCGUUUGUUUUAUGUCGGACACAGAAUCGUGUUAAAGGUCUUUUCUGGGUAUUAGAGUUGACAGCUGGUGUGCGAAUAAAUCGUGUUAGACAAUUAGCGUUAGCUUUCUAGCUAGCGUUAGCUGUCGUGUUAAUCCUUUGCUUUAGAUAAUCCCGGGUCCUACAUUUCCAAUACUAUCGUUUCACUAGGUAGACGAUUCUCACACAUUUGAAUGAGACAUGACGACAGUUGACUGCAACUAGUGCUGGGUUUACAGCGGCGUAACCUUCCUGGAUGCCUUUCACAGUUUUUCCUUGAAGACUGCGAUCUUUAGUCGAAUAGGAUGGAGAUUCACUUGAAUCGAGUUGACUACAUUCAGGUUGGGGUGACAUCCCAGAAAACAAUGAGACUGCUUCCAGCAUUAGGAAAAAAGGCAACCCAGAAGGUUGCCAUUGGCGAUCACGAUGGGAUACUGACAUGUUUCGGAAUGAAGAAGGGAGAGGCAGUGCCUGUGUUUAAAACACUCCCAGGGCCAAAGAUAACUAGAAUGGAUCUUGGAGGACCUGUGGGAACUCCACAGGAGAAGAUCUUUGUGUGUUCUGGUUCUCAAGUGAGAGGAUUCACCAAGAAAGGCAAACAGUUCCUGACUUUUGAUGCCAAUCUCACUGAGACCAUAAAUGCCAUGCAUGUCUCCGUUUCAGACCUUUUUCUUUGUGCAAGUUACAUCUACAAUCACUACUGUGACUGCAAAGAUCAGGACUAUUAUCUUUCUGGAGACAAAAUCAACGAUAUCACGUGUGCGUCCUCAGAAAAUUUAACUCGUCUUGUUCCAGUUCUGGCUUGCCAAGAUCGGGUUCUCAGAGUCUUGCAGGGAUCAGAGCUUGCUUAUGAUAUAGAAGUUCCAGGCCCUCCAUCUGUCCUGGAACUGUACAACAAAGAUGGAGGAGAGGAAAUUCUCUUUGGAACUACAGAUGGAAAAAUAGGAUUAGUCCAUAUUGGUGAGCACUCAGCUGUGAGCAAAUGGGAGAUUGAUAAUGACAAGAAAAAAGGAGGAAUACUUUGCAUUGACAGUUACGACAUUAUUGGAGAUGGAGUGAAUGACAUCCUUGUGGGCAGGGAUGAUGGAACAGUAGAGGUCUAUGGUUUUGACAGUAACAGUGAGCCCACAUUACAUUUUGAACAUGUGUUGAGUGAGAGUGUGACAUCCAUCCAGGGUGGCUGUGUGGGGAAGGAGUCUUAUGAUGAAGUUUUAACUGCCACUUACACAGGAUGGGUGACUGGUUUAACCACUGAGUCCCAGAAGACUGAGGUUGGCCCUGGAGAUGAGGUCAAAUUGAGUAAGGAGACCCAAUCUAAAGUCGAAGCUCUCAGAGCGGAGUUGGAGCAGCUUCAGAUGAAGGUCCUGCAGGGACGUGAGCAGUACCAUCAGAUCUCCCAGUCAAGCACUGCUGUCUCUGCUGUGCCUGUCUUCAGUAUCAAUGACAAGUUCACUCUCUGCCAAGAUGAUGCAAGCUACAGCCUGACCCUGGAGGUGCUGACUGCCAUUGAUAAUCUGCUGCUUCAGAGUGACGUUCCAAUAGACCUGCUGGAUGUAGAUAAGAAUUCUGCUGUUGUGAGUUUCAGUGAGUGUGACUCAGAGCAGCCUAAUGGGAACUUCCUCCUGGCCACAUACAGAUGUCAGGCUAACACUACCCGACUUGAGCUUAAGGUGAGGUCCAUAGAAGGACAGUAUGGGACCCUGCAGGCGUAUGUUACCCCUAGACUGCAACCCAAGACCUGCCAAGUCCGUCAGUACCAGAUUAAACCUCUUUCUCUUCACCAGCGAACUCACAGCAUAGAUCAAGACAGGCCCAUGAAUAAACUCAGCCUGGUAGGACAGUUCAGUUUCGCAGAGAUCCAUUCCUGGGUUGUUUUCUGUUUACCUGAAGUGCCUGAAAAAACACCAGCAGGAGAGUCCAUCACUUUCUAUUUCCAAAACACCUUCCUUGGCACACAACUUGAAGCCAAUUACUGUAAAGGAGAGGGUCACUUCCGGUCAGACAACAUCUCUACCAUCUCUAUACUGAGUGAUGUCUUCUCUAAAGAGGCCACCAAGAAAAAAAUAAAUCUAAACAUUUCAUAUGAUAUUAAUGAUGAUUCUGUGAGCCACACUCUGAAGAUGAUCCAUCCGAAACUGGAGUAUCAGUUGUUGCUGGCUAGAAAAGUCCAGCUUAUUGAUGCACUAAAAGAGCUUCAGGUUCACGAGGGAAAUGCUGAUUUUCUCAUCCCAGAGUAUCGCAAGAUCCUGGAUGAGUCCGCUAAUCUCCUUGAGGAGUACAAGAAGCAGCCUGCACAUCUCGAGAGGCUUUAUGGGAUGAUCACGGACCUCUUCAUUGACAAAUUCAAGUUCAAAGGCCAGAAUGUGAAAACAAAGGUGUCGACAUUGUUGGAGAUACUCGAUAAUUAUGACCUAAAUUCCCUAUUAGAUUUUUUCAAUGAUGCAUGAUGUGAAAUAAAUCAGAAGAUAAUGAACAUUAUUUGUGCUAUUUUUGUAUUGUAAAUACAAAAGGUUUGUUUUGUAGUCAAUGUUUUGUUGUUAGAUUGUUGCAUAAGUACAGUUUGAUCUAUGUAUGGUGUACAGUAUUUGAUAUUUAUGUAUUUUGAUUAGUUUCUAAAAACAAUGUUGGAAAAAAUAAAUCGCUCUAUGGCUGUCAGGUUGA